AUGUCCACCUCGUCAAUAAGUCCUACGAAUGACGCUAGCCGACUUCUCAGGAAAGAGUUAAUCAACUUCUCGAACGGCCAAUUAUCUCUGGCGAACAAAGCGGUUACACAAACGAGCGUUGGGCUGUCCAAUGUUGAAAAGAAUAUUGAG